UGACAAUACACACAGCGUUUUGGUGGAUGACUGUCAUUCUAAUUACGUUUCUAAUGGUGGUAUUUGUUCCUCCAGGCAUAUGUUAAUUGCUCUAAAUUGAAAUAUAUUCUAUGAUGACUCAUGAAAGGUCAUACCACGUGACGUCCUUUAUCAUGUGUUGAGUUCAUCAUGUGAUUCACCCAGUUCCUGCUUAGGCUAGCCGUGGACUUUUGCUGUAUCAUGUCGGGAAUAUAGGCUCUAUUUUAUAAUAUUGAAUAUAAAAUAUGGACUUACCGUGCAUUUGUAAAAAGGCUGUGCCUUGGAAAAUCGUUUGGUUACUUGCGUCGAUUACUACAGUUGUGAUAACAUUUCCCUCCGGGACAGCUGGUUCUGAUGUCAGCCUCUGGUACCAAGAUCUCUGCAAUUACAAAUGGGAGGCUAUAGACGGGGACAACAAAGUGAAAUACACAAUAAAGCUCUGUGAAUCCUCACCUGAAACAGGAUGUGGGGCUGACAAUGGAGUAUGUGCCCACAACCUCACCAGUAAAAAGGACCAGUCAGUGGGAGAGUUUCAACUAAAGAAGGUGACUGGAAGCAGUGUGAUCGAUUUCAGUAGCACUGAGAAAUGUCCCGGCAGUAGUGGUAAUAAUGUGCAGAGCAGCAUCAGUUUCCAGUGUGGAAAGACUAUGGGAACACCAGAGUUUGUCACGGUGGCACAGUGUGUUCAUUAUUUUGAAUGGAGAACAUAUGUAGCCUGCAAAAAGCAAAAGUACAAGCCCAAUAAAGAGGUCCCCUGCUAUGUCUUUGACGCAGAUGGGAAAAAGCAUGACUUGAACCCCCUCAUCAAACUCACAGAUGGUUACCUGGUGGAUGACUCUGAUAAUGACGUUGAUUUUUAUAUUAAUAUAUGCAGAAGCCUAAACCGACCAGAGAGCCCCUGUCCUGCAGAUUCUGCUGCUUGUUUAACCAGGGCCAAUGGCUCCUACAGUAUGGGAUUUCCUAAAACCCAGCUGGAACUAGUCUCCAGUGACAGGCUACAGCUGCGAUACGAGGGAGCCCCCGCCCCCAAGCCGGACUUCUGCGACAACCACUCCCCUGCUGUCACCAUCACCUUCAUAUGCCCCUCACACAGGCAAGAGGGCAGUGACCCCAAGAUGACAGCCAAGGUCAACUGCAGGUAUGAGGUACAGUGGGUAACGGAAUAUGCCUGCCACAGAGACUACCUGGAGAGUAACAGCUGCACCCUGAACAAUAAGCAGCAUGAUAUCAACAUAGACCUCAACCACCUUACACUCGGCGCUCAUGAUGAUCCUUAUGUGGCUGAGGCCAAGAGCAGCGAUGGAAAGGACGACUAUCUCUACUACCUGAACGUGUGCGGGGAGACAAAAGCAGGCGAUUGUGACGAUGAGAACUUCGUGUCCGUCUGCCAAGUCAAAUCAAAAGCGCCAAACAGGGGAAAGAUCGCUGGGAAAUACCAGAAUCAAAAACUAAGGUACUCCGACGGGGACCUGACUUUGAUCCUUCCGGAUGGGAGCAAGUGCAGCUCUGGUUUUCAGCGCAUGACUAUCAUUAACUUUGAGUGCAACAAAACAGCAGGAAAUGAAGGCAGAGGCUGGCCUGUGUUUGCUGGUGAGACAGACUGCACCUAUUAUUUUGACUGGCAGACCGUAUAUGCCUGUGUCCAGGAGCCUGAGGAACUGCUGUGUCGAGUCACAGAUGGGAAGAAGCACUAUGACCUGUCUCCCCUAACACGCUUUCCUGAGUCCGAUUCUGCUAAAAACUGGGAGGCUGAGGAUGCCAAUUCCCCCAGGUCUGGCAGAAUGCACUUCUAUGUCAAUGUGUGUCAUAAAGUCCUCCAUCAAGAGGGCGCCGUCACAUGUCCAGAGGAUGCCGCCAUAUGUGGCGUGGCAAAGGACAAAGCCAUUAGUCUGGGCAAAUUCCUGGCGUCCCCCGUCAAACAAACGAACAGCAAUGACAUACGACUGGUAUACACAGAGGGAGAUGAAUGCAAGACGAACAUGAGGAUCAAGACCAUCAUUAUCCUGAAGUGCAAACCAGGUGACAUUGAGAGUCCCCCUGUCAUGCGGAGUCUGUCCAGUGACGGCUGUGUGUAUGACUUUGAGUGGUACACCGCCGCCGCCUGCGUCUUGUCCCGGACCCAGGGGGAAAACUGCAAGGUGGAAGACCCGCAAGCUGAGUUUUCAUUUGACCUGUCCCCCCUGUCUAAACCGGACGGAGGCUACUACAACAUGUCCCGUGGCGGUUAUAACUACCUAAUCAACGUCUGUCGCUCUGUCACCGCUGUCAAAUGCCCGGCAAAAGCUGGGGCGUGUCAGGUGGAUCAAAGCUCAAUCUCGUGGAGCCUGGGACAGUUUAGCACUGAGCUGUCCUACUAUGAUGGGAUGAUCAAGCUGUCCUACGCUAACGGCUCCCAGUACAACAACGUGCAGCAAACACUCCGCUCCACCCUGAUCUCGUUCCUCUGUGACCGCCAGGCCGGCGCCGGCAAGCCCGAGUUUCAGGUGGAAGACAAUUACACCUAUAACUUCAGGUGGUAUACAUCCUAUGCCUGUCCUGAGAGGCCUCACGAGUGUAUGGUGACUGACCCCAUCACUCUGGACCAAUACGACCUCUCCAGUCUGUCCCGGUCCGGUGGACAGAAGAACUGGGAGGUAAUGGACCAGGCUAACCCCGACGACCGGAGGAAGUACUACAUCAAUGUGUGCCGUCCUCUAAACCCCGUGCUUGGCUGUGAACGCCAGGCCUCCGUCUGCCAGAUGAAAUACCAGAUUCAGCAGGGCGGUCGGUCUGAGACCGUGUCGGUCAGCAACAUGGGUCGGGCUAAGAGAGGCCCAGUGAUCGAGGAAAGGGACCACCUGCUGCUGGAGUACACAGACGGCUCCGUUUGCAGCUCGGACGGACUGAAGCAGACGUACAGCGUUCGGAUCCACCUGGUUUGCUCCCGAGGAUCCCUGAUGUCCGAUCCGCGCUUCCUCAGUUACGGGAACUGCUCCGCCAACUUCAUGUGGGAGACUACAGCGGCUUGUGCCAUCACUACUACUGAAGACAAGAACCAGACCUGCUCUGUGAGGGAUCCCAACACUGGCUUCCUGUUCAAUCUGCUCCCCCUGGCUUCAAAGACUGGCUACAGAGCUGAGGGAAACGGAAAAACAUUUCUGGUGAAUAUCUGUGCUGAGGUGGCGGACUGUGGGACGGACCCGGGAAAGCAUGUGGCUGGAUGUGAGCUGGAAGCGGACCAAGUGCUUGGCCCCGUGGAAGUGGAACGAUCACUGAAGUACUCUACUAAUGGUCUGCUCACACUCGUAUACAAAGGAGACCUAGACAAGCCAACAGGCACCAGGGACACCUACACCAUUAGCUUUGUGUGUGACCAGACCGCCCACAACGGCACUCUGAAUCUGGUCCGUGAGGAGCUCAGCACCUCCAAACACGUCACCCAUGACGUCUUCUUUGAGUUCAGCACGACCUUGGCAUGCAGGCCUGCUCCUGUGGACUGUAGAGUCACUGAUGCCCAUGGUAACCAGUACGACCUAAGUCGUCUGAGCAGGGACAGUGAGGACAGUCCCUGGGAGGCCAUUGACCCAUCCAAGUCUGCUAAGAAACGCAGCUUCUACCUAAAUGUGUGUGAACCUCUGCCUCCUGUCAAGGAAUGCCCUGGUGGUCUCCUGGGUGCGUGUGGCAUCAUAGACGGUAAAGGCGUGAACCUGGGCUACGUUCAGUCCAGCCCUCAGGUGGCCUCCAACGGAUCCAUCAGCAUCGUCUACAUCAACGGGGACAAAGGCCUAAACUGUGACAACGGCCACUCCACGCGCAUCCUCUUCCAGUGUGAUGACCACAGCGGUUCUCCCGUAUUUGACCGUCAAGAUGGUUGUGAAUAUGUGUUCAUCUGGAGAACCUCUGAGGCUUGCCCUCUCACCAACACUCAGGGUGAUAACUGUAAAGUCCAGCACCCCAGAAAUGGCUACGUGUUUGACAUGAGCUCCCUGUCUGGGAAGGACUAUCCAGUGAAGAGUGGCCAGUACCAGUACACCUUGUCUGUUUGUGGGGGGCUUCAAGCUAGUGUCUGCACUCAUAUAAACUCUGCGAAGGACCAGGUGUCAGUAUGUCAGGUGGAAGGAAACACCCACAGAAUCGCUGGUAUGGCCUCAAAGACUCUGAGUUUUGUUGGAGACAAACUGGUACUCAACUACACUGGCGGGGAGAGCUGCCACAAGAUCUAUCAGAGAUCCACACAGAUUAACUUCUUCUGUGAUCCCCAAAUGAAUCCUGGGGAGCCAGCUUUCAUCAAUGAGACUGCAGAGUGCACCUACCUCUUUACCUGGCGUACAGCUCUAGCCUGCGUCCCUGUAAAAACUACAAGCUGCUCAUACCAAGAUUAUAAUGGCACCUCCUACGACCUUUCGUCUCUGUCCCUGGACUCCAGAAACUGGUUAGCGGAGUCAGCCACUGGUCAGGAGGAGCGCUACUACAUUAAUGUCUGCAAGUCUCUGGUGCAACAGGGAGGCUCUUGGAAGUGUCCAGCCAACGCCGCGUCCUGUCUGAAGACUGGGGAGAGGUAUGUGAGUCUGGGAGAGGCUGCGUCUGGCCCACAAAGGGACAAAGACGUCCUGGUACUGAAGUACACAGACGGGGACGUGUGUCCCAGUGGACAGAGAAAGAGUACCAUAAUACGCCUCAAAUGUGAUCCGGACAAAGUGGACUCCAGGCCCUCCCUGAUCACGUCCAUAGAGGACUGUGUCUACACCUUCAUGUGGUUCACUGCAGCUGCUUGCCCCCUCAACAGCAGCCAGCAUGGAGGCUGUCAAGUCUCCAAUCCAGCCACAGGCCACCUCUUUGACCUGAACGGCCUAAGCCAGAAGGGCGGCUACACAGUUUUUGACGACCAGAACAAGAUGUUCCGCCUCAACGUGUGUGGGGACGUAAACGAAGCUGGCUGCGAGCCAGACACAGGUGUGUGCAUCAAGGGUACUAAUACAGUUCUGAGUGGCGGGAAGGCUAGCAGGAAGCUGUCAUACCUCGACCAGGUGGUGGAACUGACCUAUGAGGACGGGGCUGUGUGUUCAGCUAACCCCGCCCUCAAACACAAAAGCAUUAUCAGCUUUGUCUGCCGAGCCCAUGGAGAGGCCAGUUUAGGGCCUGUUCUGGUGGACUCAGACAAGAACACCUGUACACAUUUCUUCUCCUGGCACACACCCUUGCUCUGCGAACGGCAGGUGAAGUGUUCGGUCCUCAACGGUUCCACCCUGAUUGACUUGACCCCUCUCAUCCAUCUUACGGGCUACUACGUUGCCACCGACGAUGACCUGGUGGACAAGAGCCAGUCCCCUGAUUUCUACAUCAACAUCUGCCAGCCCCUCAACCCCAUCCCUGGGGUCACCUGUCCCCCAGGGGCCGCGGUCUGCAUGGACCCCGACCAGGGGCCCCCUGUUGACAUUGGUCGAAUUACCUCUGACCCGAAGUUCAACGACGUCACCAAUGAGGUGUCAAUCACCUUCAAUAGCACCACUGCCUGUCUCUCUGACUCUACCCAGAACUACACCUCCGUCAUCCUGUUCACCUGCCAGCGGGGAGUGGAGUUGGGCUCGCCCCAGAUGAUCCGGAACCAGAACUGUGUGUAUGUGUUUGAAUGGGCCACUCCUCUGGUCUGUCCUGACACCACUCAAACCAGCGGCUGCACCCUCACCGACUCGCAGCUACAGUUCACCUUUGACCUUUCGCCCCUCUCUCAGGAGACCCAGUUGACGGUUGGCUCGGAGACCUAUAAGAUCCAUGUGUGUGGGUCGGUGGCUGAGCCCAGCUGUAAGAACAGUGCAGUGUGUUUGAAGUCAUCGGGUGGCUCAGCGUUCUCUUAUGGCAUCAGCCAGGCCAUGACUAUGGACUACAAACACAUGGAGCAGGCGGUCAUAAUGAAGUACGGCGGAGGAGACCUCUGCCCUCAAGUGACCGAGAAGGGUGAGUUGUGCGCAUUCCCCUUCAACUUCCUGAAUAUGUCCUACUCAGCCUGCACUCCACAAACCAGCACAGGGAAACUCUGGUGUUCCAUCACCAGCGAUUUUAACAAGGACAAGAAAUGGGGAUUCUGUGCUAAAGUCGAAGGGAAGAGGCAGUCAUCCAUCCUGUUUACCUGUGACCGGUCCGCCGGCCUCGGCGCCCCACGACUUCUCAGUGAAACACUCGGCUGCGCCGCCACCUUCCAGUGGAACACCAACGCUGUGUGCCCGCCCGAGAAGAUGGAGUGUAAACUGGUGAACCAACACCUGACCUUUGACCUGCGCGUGCUCUCCUCUCUCACUGAACCCUGGAAGUUCAGCGAACACAAAACGGCGUACUACAUCAACCUGUGCCAAGGCAUCCACGGGGGACUGCCAGGUUGCCCGGAGGGAGCCGCAGUUUGCCGGAGGACCAGCGAGGGGAAGACGGAGGCCCUGGGACUUGUCUACACCCAGAAGAUGUCUGUCUUAGACAAGAAGGUCCUGGUGAGCUACUCCAUGGGAGACACUGUGUGUGGGAACAACCUCCAGGCCAAGACUUUGAUCCAGCUGAGCUGUGGUCCUAACAUAGGCCACCCCAAGCUGCUAAGUGUGAAUCAGACCACAUGUGAGUUUGUGGUUGGCUGGGAGACGCGCGCCGCGUGCGCUGUUCAACAGCGUGAGGUGGUGAUGAUUAACGGCACCAUCAAACUCCCCGAAACAGGAACCAACUUCAACCUGGGAGCCCUCUACUACAGGCUCCAUCAAGCCUCUGGGGACAUCCGGUCCAAUGGGGACAAGUACAUCUAUGACAUCCAGCUGUCCGGCAUCACCAACAGUUCCUUCUCCAAGUGUGUGGGGGCCAACAUCUGCCAGGUGAAGAUCAACGGGGACUACAAAAGGAAGAUCGGAUCCUCUAGCACGGCCAAGUACUACAUCAAAGGUGGUAAUCUUGAUGUGCUGGUGUCUUCGGAUUCUCAGUGUGGAAGGGACAAGUCGAAAACCGUAUCCUCAGUCAUCUUGUUCCAGUGUAACCCGUCGGCUGGGGAGGGCAUCCCAGAGUUCCUCCUGGAGACUGACGGGUGCCAGUACUUCUUCAGCUGGCACACCUCCACAGUCUGUAACCUGACAACCGUGGACAAGCAGACUGACAGAGGGGAGGAUAGUGUUGGCCUGUCUGGGAAGAGCCAGGCUGUGGGGGCGGUCCUCAGCCUGCUAUUGGUUGUGCUGACCAUCUGUCUGCUGGUCCUGCUGCUGCACAAACGAGAAAGGAGGGAGCUGAUCAUGCAGAAAGUGACUGGAUGUUGUAAGAAGGGGAAUCCUGUCUCUUAUAAAUACUCCAAGGUGAACAUGGAUGAUGAGGAAGGGGAGGAGGAGAUGGAGUGGCUGAUGGAGGAGAUGGAGCCCCCGGCCAUGUCCUCCCGCCUGGCGAAGGAGGGCCAGGAGAACGGCCACAUCACCACCAAGCCUGUCAACGCGGACGCCCUGCGCUCCUUCUCCCUAGAUGAGCAGGAGGACAGUGAGGACGAGGUCUUGUCCGUCCCCGGAGUACGUGUUCACGGCGGACGAAACAACCUGCGGUCUUCGGGCUCCAGGGUCCGCACCUCCGGGCCCCUCCGCAGCGCCCUGCUGGAGGAGGAGAGUGAUGAGGACCUGGUAGGGCUCCUGGAGUACAGGGAGAAGAAGGGUAGGGCCAAACCUCGCCGUGACAACAGACCGCCCCACAGGAAACCGCCACAAGAGUUUCAGGAUGACAGUGAUGAAGACCUGCUAAGAGUGUGAGGGAGUCGUGCCCUCCCACCUCUAACUGAACUAUUUUCCCCUCUAUCUCUUUAUCUCUGUUUGUCUCUUACACUCUCACUGUCUCUCUCUGUCUCUCUGUCUCUCUGUCUUUGAAUGUCUCCAUAGAUUGACAACAAGGCAAAAAAAGCAGAAACGCUUUUUGUUUAUUCUCUAAAGGGAACGAUGCAGAAUGUCUGUUGGCUCUUUACCGUUUUAAAGAGCAGAUUUGUUUUUGUUCCCACCCAAAAGAAAGUUGAUGCCUUGCUGAUGACAGUGUUUUCAUCAAUGAAUUGUUUUUGUACUGUCUGAUUUAAUUGAUGUACAUAGCUGAUGUUAUACAUGGAUUUUUAUUUUGUCACUUGCAUCUUCCAGAGAUUUGCCUAUUCACAUUUUGUUUUUGUUUAAUUUUGUGGACUGAUUUGCGCUGUGAAGCUAUAUUGCUAACCUCUUAAAGAUUGGACAAAAAAGGUAUUUGAAUGGAUUGUUGUGGGAAUGGAAGAGGGAAUUCUGGGAAAACUGGGACUUGAAACUAACUCAUCAGGGCUCAUCAUUAUGGUACAUGGUUGGAUUCCUAGGGUUUAUAAUUUUUACCACACCUUAUUAUAUUUAUUCAAGAACAGAAUAUCACGUCAUCAUGUUGUUUUGAACUUGCAUACUAUGGGCCCAGUGCAGACUUGUGGUAAGCCUAUAUAACCUUUGAUAGGAUCAUCUGCUAAAUGAUGGAAAUGUUAAUGUUAUCUUAACUCUGAAUAGGGCCCAAUAUUAACAUCACAUGCACAGCUGGUGCUGUAUCUGUUUAAAUGCUAAAAACGAGCUCUGCUUCAUAGAUGUUGCCUUGUCAAGAUCAUUACCUUUAUUUGAAACAGUUAUUUUUUUACUGUAGAGCUAAAACUCCCAUUUUUGCCAAGCUGCAUGUGUUAUCCCUCAUAAAUAGAAGUAAUGAUUGUUGUAGUGCCAUGAAAGAUGAAAUGUAUUUGUGAGCUUGAGAUUUCAGUCUUGCUCCGUAGUAUCUAUCCAACGCUGACAUUAUUGCACAAAUCAUCGCAAAGUAUAUAUUUUUUGGGGAGAAUGUGGAUUAAUUUAAAUUAGUUUAGCGUUUAUUAGUUAGCACACACCACAAACACCUGUACAGAAACCAAAUUUCCAAAGUCAGUUACGUUCUGGUCGAGGUCUCAUGAAUGUCAGCGACACAGAACCCUAAACGAAGACUCUCAUCUUUCAAACAUAUCUGGCUACAGGAUUCUUGGCCACAGUUUUCUUUUUUGGACGUCAUGUCACACUUCCAGUAGAGUAGAGUUUCUUUGUAAUACCAGUGUUUUAGCACCAGUGUUCAAACAGCCAGCCAUACAGUACCUGUUUCAAAAAAAUUUACGUGUCACCUUUCUGGUAUUUAUUAAGUUUUGCCAAAGGGGUCCUCUGCAGCAGCAUUUGUUGUGCAAUACAAUAAAUGAAUUAUCUCUAUGUAUUUAUUUUCCUGUGCAUCCACACCUCUAAGAUCAUGGAUUCCAAUUGUGACAACCACACAAAAGCAAACAUUAAAGACGAAAUAUAACUGCAGCCUUCAGAAGAAACCGCUGUAUGACGGCAAAGCUUUGUAAGCCAGUGUUUGUGUGGCCCCCUCAGAACAGAAGGCACGCUGAUUUGUGGAAAGUGCACUUGAUAUCACUCCUCAGGAGCGAUAGACUGGCCCAGUGUGGUGGUCAUGUGAAGGAAAUGUCUUGCUCGUUGCAUAAUGUCUAGUUCGGCUGUAAGCACCAAAGCACGUCUGCUUGGUUCAUCUGUGUGGAAAUGAAUCAUGGGGUAGAGGGUUUCCUGAGCUCUUCUGAAAUUCUGGUACUAUAGGGAGGUGAUUUUGUUACUGUGUUUUGUUCUUAAACAUGUUUUACUGCUCCAGUCUCUUUUGCUAUUUAAAAGGUUGAUGUAAAAAAAUAUUGCAUUAUUUGAAUAAAAAAUGAGACAAGA